CGUCAAUUUCAUGAUUGAUUGCUUUGCUUUAUUACUCUAAGAGGUCUGGUGGAUUAGGAGAGCUGAAACGAUGGCCGCCGGCACAAUGGCGACGGCGGCGGGGGUGGCAGUGAUACUGUACUACGUCUGGUUGAGGAAAUCGGAAGCUAAAGGCGGCGCGGUAGCGGGACAAGAAGAUGACGAUUUAUCGAAUUCGAGCAGAUCGGUGAACAGGAGGAUAGCUAGAAGACCGGCUCAAGCGCCCGCCACGUGGCUCGAAGCGAUCACUACGAUAUCCGAGACUCUGCGGUUUACUUACUCGGAGACUCUCGGGAAAUGGCCGAUCGGCGAUUUGGCUUUCGGCAUUAAUUAUCUUAUGCGGAGGCAGGGAAAUUUUCAAGUGGGGAGUGUUUAUGGUGGAGAUAAUUGUCUGGAACUUAAGGGUGAAGAGAUUAUAAAGGAGUUGAAUAAUCUCCUAAGACUGCUAACUCUUUGUAUGCUUUUCUCAAAGAAGCCAUUUCCGGUGUUUUUAGAAUCUGCUGGUCACUCACAGGAAGAUGUACUUCUUCAUAAGCCUAAAGCUGAGCUCAUGAAACCAGCUUUCACAAUCAUACGUGAUAAAAAUUCGAAGUGUUUCCUUCUAUUGAUUCGUGGCACUCACAGCAUUAAAGAUACACUAACAGCAGCAACCGGUGCAGUAGUUCCUUUCCACCAUUCGGUUUUAGAUGAUGGUGGGAUUAGCAACCUCGUCUUAGGAUAUGCACACUGUGGAAUGGUUGCUGCAGCUCGUUGGAUUGCAAAGCUCACUGCUCCUUGCCUACUAAAGGCUCUUGGUGAUUAUCCUGACUACAAAGUUGAGAUUGUUGGGCAUUCGCUUGGAGGUGGAACAGCAGCAUUGUUAACAUACAUUCUUCGGGAACGUAAAGAGUUUGCCUCCAGCACUUGUUUCACAUUUGCCCCUGCUGCCUGUAUGACAUGGGAUUUAGCAGAAUCAGGCAAGCACUUCAUUACAACUAUCAUCAACGGCUCUGAUUUAGUUCCUACAUUCUCUGCUGCUUCAGUUGAUGACCUUCGCGCUGAGGUUACAGCGUCAUCAUGGUUAAAUGAUUUGAGGGAUCAAGUUGAACGAACCAGGGUUCUUAAUGUUGUUUAUCGUUCCGCCUCUGCUUUGGGUUCACGUCUUCCCUCGAUGGCUACUGCAAAGGCCAGGGUCGCUGGUGCUGGUGCUCUUCUUCGACCCGUUUCUAGCAGCACAAAGGUUGUCAUGAAAGGUGCUCAAAAUGUUGCUCAAGCUGUUGUAAGAAGCCGCUCAUCUCUAACUUCAUGGUCUUGCAUCGGUCCCCGUCGUCGGAAUGUGAGUUCGGGAUUGAAUGCGAAAGGGGAUGACACAAUUGAAGCUUCGAUAACAUCUGAAAGUUCUGAAGGUCUACUGACAGAAGUGGUCACAAUAAAUGAAACCAAAGUGGAAUGUAGUUCCGGUGGUGGUUCAGGCCAUGAUGACACUGAUGAAGAUGAACCCCUGAUUGCUAUGGAUAGAGUUAUUACAUCAUCUACCACGGACGAAAUUGCAGGCGGCGAGUUGUGGUAUGAACUCGAGAAAGAGCUUAAGAGGCGGGAGAGUGAAGUUGAUCUUCAUGCCUGCGCAGAAGAAGCUGCCGUGGCGAAAGAAAUUAUGGAACAGGAGAAUGAACUCUCAGCCGAUGCAUCACCAGGAAGUAGAAGUCCCAUUUCUCCCCCAGAUGCCUCUGAGAACCUCCGUUUCUACCCCCCAGGUAGAAUUAUGCAUAUCGUUGCCACACCUCCGUCAGAUGCUGCCGACCUAGAUGACGACCGAAACGGUGAUGGGUCCGGCAACGAUCCGGUUCGUAUAUACCAAACACCUAGGGAACUGUAUAGUAAGAUCCGGCUAUCGAGAACCAUGAUUAAUGAUCAUUAUAUGCCCAUGUAUAAGAAAAUGAUGGAAUUGUUAAUUGUUGAACUUGAAAAGGAUAAGGAUUGUGGCUUUGAUGUUUUAUAAGAUUGAAGGAACUACAGUGCUGGUUUUCA